AUGCGCGGUGAGAUCGACUGCAAGGCACCGGGCCUUCAGCUUCUGAGACACAAAGCGUUGGAGAAGCUGCAGUCAUGGCCUAGUCACGAGUUUCUGCAUAUGAAGCGAGAGUGGAAUCAGAGCGCAGAUCGACUAGCCAGCACAGCAUUGCAGAGCGAAAAGGGAAGAACGGUUGUAGCUGAAGAGGAUCGGCAAGAUCUGAUGACUCUGAACCGUCUCGACGAAUUGUUGAAGCCCAAGCAAGAUGGUCAGCUAGCUCGGGUAACUGCGAUCGCGAGAUCAGCCAGGAGGAUACGUCAUGAACCUGAAGUGAUACAGGAGGAGAUAGUACAGAGGAUCAGGAUUCAACGAAUUGUCCAAGCUCAAGAUGAAGAGCGUUGGAUUGUCAAUCUCAAGACAUAUCUAAGUGGCGAUGUGUUAAACUUGGAUGCGGUAGAAGUGAAGAUGUGCGCCAAACUGGCGCCGGAAUACGAGAUCGAUGAGAACAAUCUGCUAUUUUUUUGCCCCAUGGCGAAAAGAGAGUCGGAAGAUCGCGAUGGUUUGAUGCGGUUGGUGAUCCCUGAGACGUUGCAGCAGGAUUUUUGCAUCACUAUCACACGAGUCUGGAAGGAGGCCAUCAGGGUAUUGGCCGAACCUAUCAGAGGAUCAGAUCGCGAUUUCAUUGGAGAGGACUGUAUCGGAGCGUUCAACGAUAUGUGGGCGAAUGUACCGACUGUGAGACCGGGAAAGGAAACCCGAUGA